AGGAGGGCUCGGCGUAGGGAGGAAAGCCCAUUCCUGCCGAGUUCCUCUCUCUCUCCCUCUCUCCCUCUCUCUCUCUCUCUCUCUGGCUCCUGUACGAGGCGAGCUGAACAGCAGCCCUCCACACUGCUCCUCAGCCUCUGUCGCUGAGCGCAGGCGAACUGCCGAGGCAGCGUUAUAGCAUCUUCUAGUGAUGACCAGUGCAGAGGGGGCCUCCUGCUGCUCUGAGCUCUGUGCAUAGUGGGGAGGGGGGGGGGGGAACAGCCAGCUCCUCCUCGGCCCAGGACCGGUCCACCAGCAUAAUGUACAGCGUGGAGGACCUGCUCAUCUCUCAUGGAUACAAGCUUCCCAGGAAUGCCCCUCCUUCCUCCUCGUCUUCCUCAUCCUGCGAGGCCGCGCAGGCCAACGGGCGGGAGGCCUACGCGGCCCGCGGAGGGGGGGGGCGGCCCCCCCCGGCCAAGAGCUGCCCCGGCCCGGCGGGGAGAGCCGCGGGGGCCGGCGUCUGCGGCGACGGUAACCAAGGCGACACGCGGCAACAGCGUCCAGGCACCCUCCACAGCAGCUCGGACAGUGGGUUUUUCAAUGGAACCAGAGAGCUGUACUCCCACCAGCAGAGGGAGCCGGAGAGGGAGGAGCGAGACAUGUUCUACUGGCGGCGGAGGGGCCACGACUUCAGCCUCUUGCUGGACUACGCCGACGGCCGAGAGCUGAGGGCUGCGGCGGGGGGGCUGGGCAGGGCGGAGGGGGCGCGGAGAGCACAGGCGGCGGCCCCGCCCCAGGAGGAGCGCCGGGCGGACAGGCAGCGCUGGGACGAGAGCGCGUGGCUGCGGGUUCGGGACGCGGCGCAGGGGCAGUGGCGGGCGGUGGGGGCGUCGGCGGCGGGAGACAGGAAGUGCCAGAGCCUGGGCACGGAGGAGUGGCGGCCGGCGCUGGGGCUGGGCAGGCACCUGUCUGACGGCGAGGGCAAGCUGUGGGCCCAGGAGCAGGCCUACCGAGCCCCUGCCGAGGGUGCCGUCCACCCCAGGACCAAAGGGAAGUCGCAGUCCCUUCCCAGGGUGCUGUCCCCGGAGAACUUCCAGCAGGCCCACACACCCGCCUCUCUCCUGGACGGGUACCCGGGCCAUCGGCUCAACGGCCCCACCUCCCACGUACCUCACGCCAAACACCGCUACCCCCCUUACCACUACCACUACCACUACCACCACAACAGCAACGUGGCGGGCAGCAGGGACCCCUGGAUGGAGAGCAGCAGCAGCAGCAGCAGCAGGAUAAGUCAACACAUGGCACUUUUACCAAAGCCCAGGUUCAGCAGGCCCCUCAAGCCUCCCUCCUACGAGGCUCACCAGCAGACAAGGGGCAGCACCGAGAUGCUUGCUGGAGAUCAGGUACCCAAGUCGAAAGACGGGGAGGCGGCAAGUUCCUCCGAGGGAGGGGGGCCAAUGGGGAGGGACUCCUUUGCACACGAUGCCGCCGCAGGGUCCGGGGCGGUGCCUCCGGGUUACAUACCUCCUCCGUCCUACAAAAGACCCUUCCUCUACAGGGGAGGACAGAGGGGCAACUGCGAAGCACUGAGUCUCCAGUUCCAGGUGGAAGAGGUCAAGGAGCAGGUGCCGGGGAGCACGGAAUUAGGGAGGUGGUAUUCCAGGCACGUGGGAAGCUCCUGGCUAGAACAUCAGAGGGACAGGAGCGCCCCCUGCAGGGAACCAACAUUCCCCGGUCGCCCGGAAGAGGAGGCCGAAGAGGGACCCUUGGGACCCGUUCAGUACCUGCCCUUCGACGACCCGCGCGUGAGGCAUAUCUCAGGAGGAUCCUGCGGAAACUCUCUGGUUGAAUUGGACGAAAUCAGGAGCGUUGACAAAGAGGUUCCCAGCGCUAAUGUUUUAGGACAAUCUACACAUGACAGUGCCUUUCUCCCUCCGCAGGAGCUAAUAUUACCCGACACGGACGCUAGCGAAACGUCUCUCAGCGAGCGGGACGGCGGCAACAGGCAGCAUAGCGAUUUGCACAAAGGGAGCGACGAUUCCGCAGUCUCUGACGUCAAAGGCGUCGAGUGCCCCUCAGCUUUCCUGGUCAAGCCAAUCUGGCAGAACCGAAACCCGGACCGGGGCGUCCCUCCGGAGACGGUGACCCAAGUGAAAAAGAUCGAGCCGGGCGGAGCCGAGACGGAGAAGAGCAAGAGCGCUAAGAGGAAACUCACCGAGACGAUAUUCUGCCUGGUCUCCAUCCCCAUCCGCACGCCGUCGGUCGCGGACGACGCCGAGCCGGCCGACCGCGAGAAGCCGACGGACCUGGCGCAAGGCUCGGACGAGGACGGAUCGGGCCACCUGCAAAACCAAAGUCUCCUAAGCACAUCGUCCACGGACCUGGAGCUCCAGGCGCUCACCGGGGGCAUGAAGAGCAACAGAGGCCCCAAAAAACACCCCGUCCUGGGGAAGGAGGUCCACCCCCUCCACCCCGGCCAUGACCUCAGCUCUGGGUCCUGGCCCGGCGAUCAGUACAGGGAUCAGGAGACCCAGACCUGCUCCCCUGAGGUCCCCCGGGCUCCCCCGCAGGGCCUCGCGGACCAGCAAGCACAAGACCAGCCUCGCUCGGCCUCAGACACCACCACCGACAGCGGGGUGGGCACCGACUGCAGCAACCGCUACGGGUACCCGAUGAAAGGUCAGAAGAACCUGAACCAGUCCAGCAACAGCGCCUUCUCCAGGACCUCCAACUUCGCCUCCGGCCCGCUUCAGAAGAGCACAGCUCAGUCGCCGCCGCCGCCGCCGCCGCCCCCACAACCACAACCCUCAGGAAACCGGGAGGAGCCGGACUGCCUUCCGGCCCAGAAAGGCCAGAACCAGAGCCGGGGCAAGCCGCCGUCCGCCGGUUCCGGUCCGGAAGCCUUUGGCCAGUUCCUGCUGAAACCUAUCAGCCGCCGCCCGUGGGAUGCCAUCGAGGAGCUGGAGUCCUUCAACAAGGAGCUGCAGCAGCAGAUCAUCAAAGGGUCCAGUGUGGACCAGUGCAUCGAGGACCUGGACGAGGCCUACAGGGACAUCCUGGAGCUGGAAACAGUCAGCAAUAACAUCAUCGAAACGGUGCAGAUCCCUGAACGCCAAAAGGCUGACCCCGACCAAGUCCCCCCGGGCGAGCACCUGGGCAGGACGGACAAGGCCAGGCGCGCACUGGAAAGCUGGACGGCCACGGCGGACCCCACCUACAGGGAGGUGAAGAGCGCUUUCUCCAGGCCGGCUGGGAAGUCCGUCAGCUUCAGCUUCAGCAAGCCGCCAAAAAGAGAAGAGGCGCCGCCCCCCCCGGAGAUUGGCUUCAGAGAGUACGCCUCCGUCUCCUCUCAGAUCACGGAGAAGCCGGCAGGAGGAUGUCGCUGUGGCAAUGCCGCGAACACGGACGCGUUCGCCCCGAAGGAGUCCUGGAACGAGGACGAGGCGGACCGGCCCGAGCACGCCCCUGUGGAGGCGCCGUGGGCCGCCAGGCAGCCGAUGCAGGACGCUUCCACGCUGACCAGCCCCCCCGACUACGAGGACGUGUGCCACGCCUUGCAGCUGACCCGGGAGCCGACGGUGGGCGUGAGCCGGGGCGUCACCGCUAAGCUCGGGAGCGCCGGCGCCAGCGCCGUGGCUCUUCCCCAGACCCCCUCGUUCAAGGUGGUCACGUUCGCCGCGCUCGGCACCCAGCAGGACGGCCCUCCUUCUCUGGCCGAGGCCCUGAGGGACGCAAAGAAGGAGAGGAACUCGCUGCCCAGGUUCAGGGGCGAGAGAAGCCUGAACGUGCUCUUGGUCAGAAACCAGAGGGACAGGUUCCGAGGUCGAGGGGCGUCCCGGUGCAUCGUGGGAAAGGACGGAGACGGCGCGGCGGCGGCGGCCUCCUGCUCCCCCUCCUCCUCCUCCUCCUCCUCCUCCUCUGAGGAUGAUUACCACAACAAUGACCCCGACAAGCGUUUUGAUUCCAGGAAGCAGCAGACGGUCGCAGAGAAGCAGCGGGAGGUCCUCUCGACGGACGAGAAGUCCGACGGCGGCGCGCCAGCAGAGGACCUGAGCAACCUCUGCGAGGUGAAGUGCGCCAAGGGCAUCCCCGAGAAUGAGUCCCUAGAGGACAGGGCAGCCAGGAUUUUAGGAAUCAACGUGCCAGCGGAGUCUCUAGGCAAGGUGGAGCAGAAGGGAGGAGGAGAGCAACUGCUGGAGUUCGAGAUGGGAGGCACGGUGGAGCGCAGGCAUAUCUCGCUGAUCGGGAUGACGAAAUUCGGCAGCACCGAAAGGAUGCCGCACGUGUUGUGGCGGCGUCGCCACAAGGAAGCGGACAUCGACAUCAACGUGGCGCUGGACCCGCAGGACAAAGAGACGGGCGGGGCGACGGGGCGGGGAGGGGGCGGCUCGGAGAACCACCUGGGGCCGGCCUCGGGGUUCCCGGAGUUCCCCGGCGAGAGGCUGAGGCUGUCGGUGGCCCUGGACAGGAGGGGGGGGCGUGGCCGCGGACGGGGCCCCUCCCGCGCCAUCGAGGCCCUGCAGGACAGGCUGACCGCGCCCUCGUGCCGGGCGGCGGCGGAGAGGCUCGCCCGCAUGCGGGAGGUGGACUCGGUGUCUCGGAUGAGACGCCUCAGCGCCCGGAGCUCGGAUUCGGGGGACGAGCCCGAGGACGGCGGGGCGGCGGCGGCGGCGGCGGCGGCCUACGGCGCUCCCCGCUCGGCGGACCGC